GAGCGGCGGCAUGCGGCGGGCUCGGGGCGCGGCGCUGGCCACGCUGAUGAUCGUGUCUGCGGUCAGAGCCCAAUUGGAGCAGGAGCCAUUCCUGGAGACCGUCGAGGGCAGCAGCAUCAGCAUCAAGUGCUCUCACCCCAAUAUCCAGAGGGGCGAUUUCAUUCACUGGUACCGUCAGCUGCCGGGCAAAGGGCCCGAACUCGUGGUCAUGACUGUGCAAGCGUCCAAGGAGGUGCGAUCCCCUGAAGGGCGCCUGACGGUGUCGGCAGAUCGGCGUCGGAGCGCGCUGUGGCUCGGGCGGCCCCGGCGCGGGGACGCGGCCGUGUAUUACUGCGCGCUGGGGCCACGGGCAGAGGAGCCGGGGCUGCGGCCGGGCACGAACCGCCGCGGGCGGGGCCGGGCGGGGCCAGCAGGGGGCGCUGCCGCUCCCGCUCGGCCCGGGCUGCGGCACCGGGACCGACACCGGCACCGACAAUGGACAUCGGCCCCAGAACCGGCGCCGCCACGGACACAGGCACCGGUAGCGAUACCGGUACUGGCGCCGACAACAGCGCCCACACCGGCACCAGCUCCGGCUUUCAGCCACCGACCGUGCUCAGCCCCUCUCCUCAGCCCGGGCUGCGUCCGGCUUAGCUGCUCAAGCCAUCAAACAGCCCCACCCGGCCACAGCUACAUGUGCACACUGUGAUGGUCUAUGUGAGGCAGGGCGGGCAGCAGGGUCUUUCCCAAACCGCCUUUUGCUCCUUCAGACAGGGCUCUGUACCUUCUGGGGAACGGGGCAACCUCUAGCCUGUCUGCAAAGGUGGGGCAAAGGUUCUCUUAGAAAUGCAUCAGUGAGGACACACAUUCCCACCCAGCCCAUAUCAGGCCUCUUCUCCUCUUGCCUUUGUCCUUCUCUUCCCAUGCCUGCUGGGCUGGUUUUGCCUUUUGAAAAGGCCAAGUGACAGCUCAAGGUCACUCA